AUGUCAGAUGUAUUCGGGCCGAUGUUGUUCUGCUAUUAUGUAUUCCACCAGACAAGCGGCUGUUUACUAUUGCUGGAGUGUUCGCAAAUGACUGCGCAAGCUCUAAUCCGUUUCCUGCCACUGACGAUAAUACUGACUCAGCAAUUGAUUCAAUUGUCAAUUAUUUUUGAACUGGUCGGCAGUGAGAGUGAGAAAUUAAAAGACGCCGUGUAUGGUGUACCAUGGGAAUGCAUGGAUGUUAGUAAUAGGAAGGUGGUUGCAUUCUUUCUCAUGAAUGUUCAGGAGCCUGUUCAUAUUAAGGCUCUGGGUGUUGCUAAUGUUGGAGUCACUUCUAUGGCUGCGAUCCUGAAGACUUCAUUGUCCUACUUCACCUUCUUACGAAGCAUGUGA